AUGGAAACAAAAGUAAUUGCUGAAAAAUUCCAAGAUGAAUAUGAAAUUUUAAAGUUAAAUCAAAUGAAUGCAAGGCUACAAAUGAAAAUAGACCGAAAUAACAAGUUUAUUGAAGGUUUAAAGAAAGAAUUACUUUCUUCAAAGCAGUCACUGAUGCAGCAAAACCCAAACCCUAUGAAUAUCCAUGAGAGUAUUCGACAGGUGAAGCAGAAAUUAGUGGUUUAUGAACAAAGCUGUGAAAAGGCUAAGAUAAACUUCUCAAAUCUCAACGUUAAUGAAGUCAUCUUGCCGAAAUCCUUGAUGUCAUUGGUGACGUCACUGGCCGCUUUACGUGAAGAGGCAGUUAAACUAAAACGUGACGCUGAUGAUGUACUCUUUAUAAAACAAGCGGUUUCCAAUAUGAAAAUGAUUCGCUGA